GACCCUCGACUUUGAUGAGCUCGAAGCUCGAAGUCGCAGCAUAGAGUGCGACACCGUGCCGCGUGCUGUAUGUCGCGUGUUGCCACAUCACCACCAAAUCAAACGAAUUUCUGAGCGUGUUUUUGAUGUAGAUUGCGCUCGUGCCGGACAACUACUACUCCACACAAUACGUGGAAAGUGGAAAGCGUGAGUGACCGCCAGUCUUUCCUUCUCUGACCAUAUUACAGCCCAAUAUGUCAACUUACUCCUGAGCAUAGUCUCGCGUAUUUUUAAUAAUAAUACACAAGAGGAGCGAUAAAUUCUCUCAUAGAAUCCGAGUGCAGCUAUACAUAAUUGGGUCCGAGAGCGCACGAGUGGAGCGCUAAUAGAAUCAUCGUUAACUGCGAAAUACUUCCAUUCUUCAAAGAACAUCGUGGAGCGCAUCAUGAGCGCACCUCAGGCACCAGUAAAAUUGAGAAAUGGAGUGGUGAAACAGGUGACAUCUGGAGAUACUGUCGUUAUCCGUGGACAGCCUAUGGGAGGUCCUCCACCUGAAGUAACAAUUACUUUGUGCAACAUUACUGCUCCAAAAUUAGAACGUUGGAAAGGAAAUGAUAGUACGGAUGAGACCAAAGAUGAACCAUAUGCUUGGGAAGCAAGGGAAUUUUUACGUCGGAAGUUGAUUGGUCAAGAUGUCACCUUUGCCACUGAAAAGUCAGUCAAUACAGCCAGAACAUAUGGAACAGUCUGGUUAGGGAAAGACAGAAACGGCGAAAAUGUGAUCGAAACUUUGGUAUCUGAGGGUCUAGUGACUGUUAAAAAGGAUAACCGUAAUCCCACAGCCGAGCAGCAGCGAUUGGUCGAAUUGGAGAACAUCGCGAAAGCUGCAAAGAAAGGAAAGUGGUCGGAUUCGCCGAUUUCCGAGCACAUACGCGAUAUCAAAUGGACCGUCGAUGAUCCUCGAAAAUUGGUUGAGAAAUUCGGCAAGAAACCUGUCAAAGCGGUGAUUGAGUUUGUAUUUGAUGGCUCCACCGUCAAAGCAUUCCUCUUGCCCGAUUUCUACAAUAUAACACUGAUGAUCUCGGGGGUUCGUUGUCCUGGCUGGCCCAAUGGGCGUCGUGAAAAUUCCGUCGGCGAUCCUUAUGCAGAUGAAGCUAGAUACUUUGUGGAAUCGCGGCUUUUACAUAGAGAUGUCGAGAUAGUGUUGGAAUCGGUCAACAAUAACAAUUUUAUCGGCAGUAUUAUUCAUCCUAAAGGAAACAUUGCCGAAAUUUUGUUGAGUGAGGGUUUCGCCAAAUGUCAAGAUUGGUCGAUCAGUAACAGUAGAGCUGGUGCGGAAAAACUGUAUCUCGCCGAAAAGGCCGCAAAGGAGGCGCGUUUGCGCCUUUGGAAAGAUUACAAACCGUCCGGUCCACAGAUUGAAUUUACCGGUACCAUUGUGGAAAUCAUUAAUGCGGACGCGCUCAUUAUUCGAACGCAAAAUGGAGAGAACAAGAAAGUAUUUCUGAGCAGUAUUCGACCGCCCACCCGUGAGAAGAAGAAUACCGAAGACAGCAAUAAUACUGCUCGGCCAAAAGAUUUCAGACCUCUUUAUGACAUACCCUGGAUGUUAGAAGCGCGAGAAUUUUUGCGUGAGAAAUUCAUCAGGAAGAAUGUAAAAGUAGUUGUCGAUUAUACACAGCCGGCUAGGGACAACUUUCCGGAAAAAUUGUGCUGCACUGUAACCUGUGGCAAAACAAAUAUUGCAGAAGCAUUAGUCGCUCGCGGUCUUGCACGAGUCAUCAAGUACAGGCAAAAUGAUGAUCAGCGUUCCUCUCACUAUAAUCUUCUGCAGGUCGCUGAGAGUAAAGCGGAAAAGUCACAGCACGGACUUCAUGCAAAAAAAGACAUUCCAGUUCACAGAAUAGUGGAUCUCUCGAACGAUCCUUCGAAAGCGAAGGCGUUCUUGACUUCGCUCAAGCGAGCGCAGGGAAUUAAAGCGGUUGUUGAAUUCGUUACGAGCGGCUCACGUCUGAAACUUUAUCUUCCUAAGGAAGAUUAUGUUAUUACGUUUGUGUUGGCUGGGAUAAGAACUCCGCGUUGCCAGAGAACAUUGCCUGGCGGCGGAGUAGUAAAAGCUGACGAAUAUGGCGAGAAAGCAUUAGCCUUUACCAAGGAACAUUGUUUCCAACGAGAUGUAGAGAUCAAGAUUGAGAACACAGAAACAAAGUUAAGCGGUUUCAUUGGCUGGUUAACAGUGAACGACGUCAAUAUGUCUGUUGCUCUGGUUGAAGAAGGUUUGGCUGAAGUUGUAAAUUUCCCAGAUUCCGGAGAACUCACGAGAACUCUUAAAGCUGCGGAGGAACGUGCAAAAGCAAAAAAACUCAACAUUUGGAAGAAUCGUGUGGAAGCGCCAGUGGAGAGCGAUAAGAUUGUGGACGAAAAGGAAGGGCAAGAGCGCAAGAUAGAUUACCAGAAAGUCGUGAUCUCCGAAGUAACCGAUGAUCUUCACUUCUACGCCCAGUUUGUCAAUCAGGGUACCUUGUUGGAGAACAUGCUUCUGCAAUUGCGUCAAGAGUUAGCUGCUAAUCCGCCACUUCCUGGUGCUUACAAACCGACCAGGGGAGAUUUGGCGGUUGCAAAAUUCAGCGGCGAUGAUCAGUGGUAUCGCGUGAAAACAGAAAAGGUCUCUGGCACUAAUGUUAGCGUAUUCUACAUCGAUUACGGUAAUAGAGAGACCCUUAAUGUUACGCGGGUCGCUGAUCUGCCUGCGCGCUUUGCGACCGACAAACCGUACGCCCACGAAUACACCCUCGCAUGUGUAACUCUUCCGAGCGACACUGAUGACAAGAGAGCAGCAGUGGAUGCGUUUAAGGAAGAUGUAUUGGAUAAAAUUUUGCUGCUAAAUAUCGAAUAUAAAUUAAGCAACAAUGUAAUUGCUGUGACACUGAUGCAUCCAAGCACAAAUGAGGACAUCGGAAAAGGACUUAUCUCCGACGGGUUUUUGCACGUUCAAAAGCACCGGGAUAGGAGGCUCACUAAAUUGAUUGAAGAAUACAAAAAGGCUGAGGAAGAUGCGAAGCACAACCAUCGCAAUAUCUGGAUGUACGGAGAUGUAAGGCCGGAAGAUGACGAAAAAGAAUUUGGAUUGUAAUUGAUAUAAAUGCUCAAAUAUGGGAAAAACAUUAUUGACGGGGAAGAAAAGGACAGAUUAUGUUAUAAAAACAAAAAAAAACAAUAAAAAAAACAAUAGGUAUAUAAUACUAUGUAUCCUACAUAGGUAUAAAUAAGAAUAAUGAAUGUCGAUAUGGGAGUUAUAAUGUCGCGUUAGUCGCAAAUUGCAAUUAUAUAUCUCAGUAUAUAAAAAAAGGAUUGUACAUAACGAUUUUACUAAUUUCUGUAAUACAAUGAACAAAGCGCGUAUGUGUGUGCAGUUUUUGAACGAGGCUUCGCGAUCGUUGAUGUCACAUCGACAUAAACAUUCAUUAUUAACUUGGUGCCGCAAAUACAAAUUGUUUGAGGAUUCAAUAUUUUCCAUUUGUAUGAAAUUUUCAAUGUGCAAUUCAACACGUUAGAUACGUUCAAUCAUGUUAGAUAUAUUAAUUACUUGCUUUUUCUAUAAAUGAUCAUGUUUAAUGUGUGUAUGCUACUCUUUUGAAGUUUUUAUAUGCAAGGAUGAUGAUUAUGUAGCUGUAGAAUAUUCAUAAUCGCAAAUAUAAUUGGACACUGAUAUCUAAACAGAAAUAGAAAAAAAUUCAUAUCAGCAGAGUAUUAGAGUAUCAACAGAAUAUUUUCAAUUAAAGCGACAUUCGACAUAUUGUCAUCCAAGAAAUAAUAGUUUUCAACUUUUAAUGACAUGAUGAUAAAUGUAUAUGCAAAUGUUUAUGUAUGCGCGUGCGCACGUGGAUUCAAUAUAACACGAAUACAUAAAUAUGGGGAUAUAAUCCAAAGGGAAGUUACUGUACAAUUAUAUCAUCUUUCUCUAUCGUCCUUUCGAAUAAAUUUCACAUUAUAUAUGUACCGCGUUAUAUCCAUAAACGAGUUUGAAAUUAA